AUGCGCGCCGCGGCGGAGCCGGGGCCGGCGGGGCCGGGCCUGGCCGGGCGGCUGCUCCGCACCUGGGCGCGCCUGGCUGGGGGGCGCGGGGGGCGCCGCGCCGCCCCCGAGGAUGACGAAGGCGGGUUCCGGGGGGGGUCGCGGCGGCGGCUCGGCGGGGCGGCCCCGGCGGCGGCGGCGGGGGGCGAUGCGGGUGCGACCGCAGGGGAGCGGCCGCCGGGCGCGCAGGGGCUGCGGAACCACGGCAACACCUGCUUCAUGAACGCCGUGGUGCAGUGCCUGAGCAACACGGCCCCGCUGGCCGAGCGCCUGGCGCUGGGCCGGUACCGCGCCCGAGCCGAGGUCACGCACCGGCUGGCGGCCUUGGUCCGCGCGCUCUGGACCCGCGACUACACCCCGCAGCUCUCCGCCGAGUUCAAGAACACUGUCUCCAAGCACAGCUCGCAGUUCCGGGGCAAUGCUCAGCACGAUGCACUCGAGUUCCUGCUCUGGCUGCUGGACCGAAUGCACGAGGACCUGGGCGCUGCCUCCCCCGCCCAGCAGAGCCGUGGCCCCAUGCAGGUGGGUACCCCCCCUCCCCCCCCCCCUUUCGGGGGGAGGCGGAGCCCUGGCGCAGCUCGCUCCUCCCUGUGCCCAAGCUUUGUGCAGAGCCACUUCCAGGCCCAGUACAGGUCCUCCCUGACGUGCCCUCACUGCCUGAAGCAGAGCAACACCUUCGACCCCUUUCUGUGCAUCUCCCUGCCCAUCCCGCUGCGCCAGACCAGGGCUCUGAACGUCACGCUGGUGCUGCAGUGCGAGCGCUGGCGCUUCGUGCGGGUGGGCCUGGCCGUGCCGCUGCUGGGCACCGUGGCGGACCUGCGGGAGAUGGUGGCGCGGGAGGGCCGCAUCCCCCCGGAGCAGGUGAUCCUGGCCGAGCUGUCCCCGCGGGGAUUCCUGCGCUCGCUCUCCGACUCCGAGGCGCUGCGGGCGGCCGGCGCGGCCGGGCCCGUCUACGCCUUUCAGCCGCCGCCCGCCCGCCGCGCAGGGUGUCCCCGCAGCCUCCCCACGUCUCCUGCAGUGCCACGGCCAGAGGGGCCGCGCCUGCUGCCCAGCACCGCCCGCUCCUCCGACUGCCUGCACCGCGUGCCUGGCGGCCGCAUCCUGCUGCUGCUCUGCAACACGGCGGGCACGGGGCCGCAGCUUGCCAGGUUCGGGCCGCCGCUGGUGCUGCGGGAGGAGCGCAGCGUCUCCUGGGAGCAGCUCCAGCAGAACAUCCUGGCCCAGCUGAGGGAGUUCCUGCGGGGAGAGUCCCCUCUCCCCGCACAGGGUACAGGAGCCCUUUUCCGGAUCCGCCUGGCUGGGGGCUCUGCCCCCUGCACCUACCUGUCCCCUCAGGAUCCUCGUCCCCUCUGCCAUCCUGCCAUCGACAGGGCCCUGCAGCUGAGCGGGGUUGGGGGUCCUCCCCACGUGAGGCUGACGGUAGAGUGGGACAUGAGCACCAAAGAGCGGCUGUUCGGAAGCAUCCAGGAGGAGGUGGUGCAGGACGCGGAGAGCGUGCGGCUGCAGCAGCAGGUGCACGGGCAGCAGCACAGCUGCACCCUGGACGAGUGCUUCCAGCUCUACACCAAGGAGGAGCAGCUGGCCCCGGACGAUGCCUGGCGCUGCCCGCACUGCAAGGUGCCCCAGCAGGGCACGGUGAAGCUCAGCCUGUGGACACUGCCCGAGAUCCUCAUCAUCCACCUGAAGCGCUUCCGGCAGGUGGCCGAGCAGCGGCACAAGCUCACCACGCUGGUGAGGUUCCCGCUGCGAGGACUGGACAUGGCCCCGCACGUGGCACAGCGGGGCCAGCCCGGGGGGCAGCUCCUGGGGCGCUGGGCGCCCUGGCAGCCCCCCCUGCGCCUGCCCCCGGGCUGUCCCCGCGAGCACCUCUACGACCUGUACGCGGUCUGCAACCACCACGGCAGCAUGCAAGGCGGCCACUACACCGCGUUCUGCUGCAACGCCCUGGACGGGCGCUGGUACAGCUACGACGACAGCCGGGUGGAGGGGGUGCGCGAGGCCGAGGUGAGCACCCGCAGCGCCUACAUCCUGUUCUACCAGCGCCGCCGCGCCGCCGGCUCCGGCACGGGUGAGCCCCAAAUGCCUGCCCGCGGGGCACGGCUAGCUGCCGCCCCUUCCCUACGGGUGUGCACACCGCUCACCCACCCGUGUGCCACCCGCGGCCCACGCCCGCCGCUCCCCGCAGGCUUCGCCGCCGCCGCGGGGCACUGGGUGUUCCGCCUGGCCGCCUCCGAGCCCCGCGCCGACCCUCGCACCGACCCCGACCCCUCUGGCCCUGUGGCCGCCCCGGAGAACGGUGAGGCUCAGGAUGCUCAGCCCCCGGCGUCCCCCGUGCCCCCCGCCCGCCCUGACCGUGGUUCCCCCGCAGGCGGGUUCGAGGCUCGGCCCCCGGUGCGGGGGCUACAGGGGCUGCACGGGCGCAGCCUCAGCGUCCGCACCGCACACUCCGGACCCCCGGGACAGGGGGAGCCGGGUCCCCUCCGCGCCCCUCGACGGCUCCGCCGGGCCGCCAGCGCCGAGGGGACCCCGCGCCGGCCGCCCCCGGGCCCCGGCAGCCCCGAGGCCUCGGUGCCGCAGGGGGACGCGGGUGUCCCCCCGGGCCGCUGCCCACCCGGCCCCUCGGUGCUGGGGCGGUCGCGGAGCUCGGCCAGCCUCCCCCCCCGGCCCGAGGGGGGGCUGCGCAGAUCCGCCUCGCUGGGCAGGGGCGCGGGGGGGCCGCCCCUAACGGCCCGGGGUCCUCCCGGGGCCACCCUGCAACGGGGCCGGCAGCCCCCCGCUCCUCUGCGCCCCCCGGCUGUGCCCGAGUCCAGCUUCUGA